CAAUCCACACUCACUCUCUCUUCCAGUUUUUAACGUUCAAAAAACUCCAUACCAAAAUCACUCCCAAAAAAAAUGGAUCCGAAUCCGAAAAGUUUUCCGAUUCUCUCUUAUGUUUUGGCCCGACUUCCUUCUCUCGGACCCGGCUCCAAACCCGGAAUUUCUACGUCCGAAGUCGAUAUCGAACAGCCAGCCUCGCCGCCGUUGAAAUCGCUAGUACCACCGCCGUCUUCUUCGUCGUCGGGCGAUCCGUCUUCGUCUUCCUCGGCGGCGGUGCAAAUCGAAGAUGACAUGCCUCACUUGGCACACCCGAAGGUGCUCGCUUCGAUGACCCGGGCGAUCUCCGACGUGUCGCAGACCCGAUCCGUGCUGAAAACCCUAGGUCCGCGACCGGACCACGAGGCCGUCGAUAAGGCAAGAGCGAAGCUCAUGGAUAUCGAGGCUAGCCUCGCGAAGCAGCUCGAGGAGAACGUGCUGUCUCCUCGGCCGUCCGACGUGGACAGGCUGGAGUGGCGGGCGCACCUGUCGGAGCGCGAGAACGAGUGUAGGAAAGCGGCGGAGAAGGAGAAGCAGGUGUACAAGGCGGUGAUUCAGCUCGAGGAGAUGCACGAUGCGUACGAGAGGCUUCUGAAGGAGGCAGAGGAGCGGCUCGUGAAGAUUUACAGGCAGGCGGAGGAUUCGGCGGCGACGGCGACGGCGACGGCGACGGAGGAGUUUGAUGAGAACGCGGAGGAGGAUGAGGUGGUGAAUGAGGAGCCGAAUGAGGAUGUGAUUGGGCUUUUGCAUGAGGCUUCCGGGAAAGGAGUGGAGCGGGUCAAUCUGUCGGGUCGGAGGCUCCGGUUCUUGCCCGAGGCUUUCGGCCGGAUUCGGAGCCUCGUUGUGCUUGACGUUUCGAGUAAUCAGCUUGAGUUCAUCCCUGACUCCAUAGCGGGACUAGAAAAUCUAGAGGAGCUUAACGCCGCAUCUAAUCUUUUGGAGAUACUGCCUGAUUCUAUUGGAUUGUUGCAAAAAUUGAAAAUUCUGAAUGUCUCAGGAAACAAGCUAGUUGCCCUUCCUGACACCAUCUGUCAUUGCAGGUCAUUGGUGGAGUUAGAUGUGAGCUUCAACAAUCUUGCAUAUUUGCCAACAAACAUCGGUUAUGAAUUGGUAUUUCUACAAAAGCUUUCAAUCCAGUUGAACAAGAUUCGUUCCCUUCCCUCUUCUGUAUGUGAGAUGAAGUCUUUACGCUCUCUCGAUGCUCAUUUCAAUGAGCUCCAUGCCCUCCCAUCUAUGAUUGGAAAAUUGACUAGCCUGGAAAUUCUCAACCUCAGCAGUAACUUUAGUGACCUGACAGAACUUCCUGACACUUUUGGCGAUUUGACUAACCUCAAGGAACUUGAUCUCAGCAACAACCAAAUUCAUGCUCUUCCUGAUACAUUUGGUCGGCUUGAUAAUUUGACCAAACUCAACCUGGAGCAAAAUCCUCUUGUAAUCCCACCAGCGGAGGUUGUCAAGGAAGGGGUUGAAGCUAUCAAAGUUUUCAUGGCUAAGAGGUGGCUAGAUAUUCUGGUGGAGGAAGAAAGGAAAAGCAUGCUUGAAAUGCAAGAACAGAGUCAGACUGGUUGGUUGACUCGCAGCACCUCCUGGUUGAAAAAUUAUGUUACAAAUGUUUCAGAAUACUUGGGAUCUCCCAGGGGGGGAUCUCCUAAAGACCCAUUUCUUGAUCAGCAGCUAUGAUGCUCUGAUAAUUCAUGACUCGUUUCGAGUGUCACACUUUUCUUCGCUCAAAUGCCAAAGCUAAGGAAUAUCAAACUGGUGGCUUUGGUCUGCUGCAAUUUUUGUACUUGUUUCUUUUCUACUGCAUCCAUAUCAAGCUUGAGGGUGAUGAAUAUCUACUAAAUUUUGUUCUUUUUUUUCCAGUUCAAAUGUUGGGAAAUAUGAGUUUUGUAGGAAAAAAUAAUAGGUAGCCUGAUGUGCAUCCUGUUUCUGAUGACAACAGUUGAAUGCUUAUAGUUGUACUUGUACAUUCACUAAAUCUGGAGUGCCAAAUUUUGGCACCAAUCUUGCAAUUUUCAUUACCUUAAUCAAAAUUGUUUCAACUGCUUUUAUAGAA